CGCAGUUUGAGCUCCGGCUGCGCAGCAGAUCGAGGCACGCGACGACAUGCAGGAAAGCUCCUCAGAUGACCAUGACUGUACAGGAAUGCAGCAAAUAUCUCUUGACAACCCAGUGGACAUGAUUUUAAGCAUCUGAGGCAUGAUGUUGAGAAUGAAUUUCAUCUCUGUUUUGCUUAUUUUAGUCGUACUAUUUCAUACUCAUCCCAUCUCAACAGCUAAAUCACACGAGAGGUCAGUGGUACCCAGAGCAGCAUCCCGCUCAGUGGCGAGGAUGGAUGGAGAUAUCAUCAUCGGGGCUUUGUUCUCUGUCCAUCAUCAACCGGCAGCAGAUAAGGUUGCUGAGAGAACGUGUGGGGAGAUCAGGGAGCAGUACGGUAUCCAAAGGGUGGAAGCGAUGUUCUACACACUGGACAGAAUAAACGCCGAUCCAAACCUUUUACCCAACAUCACACUGGGUUGUGAAAUCAGAGACUCGUGUUGGCACUCUUCAGUUGCUUUGGAACAAAGUAUUGAGUUUAUAAGAGACUCGCUCAUUUCUAUCCGAGAUGACAACGAUGGACCAAAGUGGUGUGUUGAAGGAAAUCCAUCCGCUCAACCGCCACCCACCAAAAAGCCCAUUGCUGGUGUCAUUGGACCUGGGUCCAGCUCAGUGGCCAUUCAGGUUCAAAACCUGUUGCAGCUUUUUAAUAUCCCUCAGAUUGCUUAUUCAGCUACAAGCAUUGAUUUGAGUGAUAAAACCCUUUAUAAGUAUUUCCUCAGGGUUGUGCCAUCUGACACACUUCAAGCCCGAGCUCUCUUGGACAUCGUCAAACGAUACAACUGGACGUACGUGUCAGCCGUUCACACUGAGGGAAACUAUGGAGAAAGUGGAAUGGAGGCCUUUAAAGAGUUGGCAUCUCAGGAGGGUCUGUGUAUCGCUCAUUCUGAUAAAAUCUACAGCAACGCUGGAGAAAAACAUUUCGAUCGUCUGCUGAGGAAACUCAGAGAGCGUCUGCCCAAAGCUCGUGUGGUGGUCUGUUUCUGUGAGGGGAUGACUGUUCGUGGUCUCCUCAUGGCCAUGAGACGUCUUGGUGUAGCUGGAGAAUUUCUUCUCAUUGGCAGUGACGGAUGGGCGGACAGAGAUGAAGUCGUGGAGGGUUAUGAACAAGAGGCUGUUGGUGGCAUCACUAUGAAGCUCCAGACGGAAGAGGUCACGUCCUUCAAUGACUACUUCCUGAAGUUACGCCUCAACAGUAACACCAGGAAUCCAUGGUUUGCUGAAUUCUGGCAGCAUCGCUUCCAGUGUCGACUUCCAGGACACCUGCAAGAAAACAUGAACUAUAGGAGGAACUGCUCAGAUGGUGAUCUAGGUUAUGAAAGUCUAGUAGAUAACUAUGUCCAGGAUAGUAAGAUGGGAUUUGUCAUUAAUGCCAUCUAUGCUAUGGCUCACGGCCUUCAUGACAUGCACCAGUAUCUGUGUCCGGAUCACGUCGGCCUGUGCGAAGCGAUGGAUCCCAUUGACGGCAGCAAGCUGCUGGACUUUCUCCUCAAGACCUCCUUUACUGGUGUAUCUGGAGAAGAUGUGUGGUUUGAUGAAAAUGGAGAUUUGCCAGGCAGGUCAGUCUUGCUUGCUGCCCUACAUAAAGCAACAUUUUAUGCAUUACAGUAUGACAUUAUGAACCUGCAGCAAGUCGAGCCUGGAGUCUAUGAUUAUUUACAUGUGGGCUCAUGGCACGAAGGCAUCCUGACCAUUGAUGACUACAUGAUUCAGAUGAACCGCAGUGAGAUGGUUCGCUCUGUAUGCAGUGAACCCUGCUCUAAAGGAGAGAUUAAAGUGAUCAGGAAAGGUGAAGUGAGCUGCUGUUGGAUCUGUACGGCCUGUAAAGACAAUGAAUAUGUUCAGGAUGAGUUCACCUGCAGGGCCUGUGAACUGGGAUGGUGGCCGGACGAAGAGCUUCAAGUCUGUGAACCUCUUCCCUUGCGUCACCUGGAGUGGAGUCAUCCCGAAUCCAUCGCGGCUGUCGUCUUUUCCUGUCUGGGCAUCCUGGUCACCAGUUUCGUAACCUUCAUCUUCAUCCUGUACCGCGACACGCCAGUGGUCAAGUCCUCCAGCCGUGAGCUCUGCUACAUCAUCCUGGCUGGAAUCUUUCUGGGUUACAUCUGCCCCUUUACCCUCAUCGCUCGACCCACGACAGCUUCGUGCUACCUACAACGUCUGCUGGUGGGACUCUCGGCCUCCAUGUGCUACUCGGCCCUCGUCACCAAAACCAACCGCAUCGCUCGCAUUCUGGCGGGCAGCAAAAAGAAGAUCUGCACCCGCAAGCCUCGUUUCAUGAGCGCCUGGGCCCAAGUGGUGAUCGCGUUCAUUCUCAUCAGCGUGCAAUUGACUUUGGAGGUCACGUUGAUCAUCUUGGAACCUCCGGAGCCCAUCAAGUCUUACCCAAGCAUUCGAGAAGUUUUUCUGAUUUGCAACACCAGCAAUAUGGGCAUGGUGGCACCGCUGGGUUACAACGGCCUACUCAUCCUCAGCUGCACCUACUACGCUUUCAAAACCCGCAACGUCCCCGCCAACUUCAAUGAGGCCAAAUACAUCGCCUUCACGAUGUACACCACCUGCAUUAUCUGGUUAGCCUUUGUGCCCAUUUACUUCGGCUCCAACUAUAAGAUCAUCACCACGUCUUUCUCGGUGAGUCUCAGCGUGACGGUGGCUCUCGGCUGCAUGUUCAUGCCGAAAAUCUACAUCAUCAUCGCCAAGCCCGAGAGAAACGUACGCAGCGCUUUCACCACCUCAGACGUAGUGCGCAUGCAUGUAGGCGAUGGAAAAAUCGCUUGCAGGAGCAACAGUCUGCUGAACAUGUUUAAACGCAAGAAAACCGGAUCGGGAAAUGCCAAUUCUAAUGGCAAGUCUGUGUCAUGGUCUGAACCAGGUUCAAGACAUCCUCCCAAAGGAGAACACAUGUGGCACAGACUGUCAGUACAUGUGAAGAGACAGGAAAGCGGCUCCAAUCAGACGGCUGUCAUUAAACCGCUGACAAACACCUACAAUGACACGGCCAUGGAGUUUUCUGACCUGAGCACAAAAACUCUUUAUAACGUAGCCGAGGAAGACGAAGGCGACGCCAUCCGAUACAACUCUUCAGUCAGCACUGAUCUAAUGCCUCUCAGGCAGUCACCUGUAAGCAAACCGGCAAAGGAGGGCACGGAUCUAAAAUUUUACACCCGAAACAGUGUUCACCCCCAACAUAUUAUUUCAGACCUCCUGCAGGAAGGAGUGGCCAAAUUUAGUUCAAACACGCCUGAUUUGGAUGAGAUUAUAAGCCUGCCUGAACCGGGCAAUGGGUUUGGGUUGACCUACCGACCUCAAGUGCUGCAUUCUCAACCUGUCAAACCCAUGCGUCUGGAUUCGUACCCGGAUGAGCCCGAUUCCCCUCUGGAGGAGGUUGAGAAUGAGCAGUUUGGACUCCUCCACGGCUACAUGUAUGACAAUGCACAAAUUCAUGAUGAAGAGGACCUUGUACAGAUUAAAACGGCAAUGGAGGACUCCGUGGCUCUCAUGCCUCCUUCCCCAUUCAGAGAUUCUCUUGGUUCGGGCAGCCCCGUUCCCAACUCCCCCGUGUCUGAGUCCAUCUUAUGCACACCUCCGAGUGUGACGUACGCGUCUGUCAUUCUCGGAGACUUUAAGCAAAGCUCUUCAACCCUUUAAUAAAGAAGAUUUAUAUAGGUAUAAUUAUAAGAGAUUGUUUCACUAGCUGUAAGCUUGUCUUUGUUUUAUUAUAUUAGUGUGCAAUCAUGUGACAUAAGUCGGUGCAUUAGAAGCCUUUGGCUUUGUGUGAUCAGAACAUUUAAAGAAAGAGUCUGGAGGUUAACCAGGGUUCAAAAUUAACACUUGCCCAGUUCCAAACGCAAAUAAAAUGUAUCAUUAUAUAUGGACAGUAACAUUAUAUCGCCAAACUUAUGGUGGUCUUGUAGUCCAUUUAACUUAGUGGAAAGUUUUCAGAAAUAUUUCUAGGCUGGCCAAAGUUUUUUGUAUUUUAUAACAACCCCUUGUAGAUUUGAUUGCAACCAGACCAAACAAUAUGCCCUGUCAUAUUUCAAAUACAGUUUCAAGAAAAUUAUAUAUUUUUAUAAAUAAUGCAAUAUAUUGUUUAAUGGGAGAUGAGAAAUAGCAAGUAACAGCCAUUGAUAGCUGGUCAGUUCACCAGUUAUUGGUAAUUUAAAUUUGGAUCCUAAACAGAAGUCGAUCAGUAGUGGAUUUUAAUGAAGUGAGUUUCAAAAUAUGAUGUUUGACACUAAACCUUCAUCAUUCAUUGUAAUGAUGUUUAAUUGGAGCAUUUGUGUAUCUGUUCAUUAUAGAUAUAUACAUCCGUUAAUAUAUCUGUCUAGUAGCUGUCUAGUAUCUCCAAAUCAUAACUUUUGUAAUUUAAUACUGCUUUUUAAAGUAAACCUGUAAAAUAACAGGGCUAUUAUUAUCGGUUCAUUGAACAAUAGUUUACUUAAAGGUGCAGUGUGUAAACUUUAGCAGCAUCUAGUGGUGAGGUUGCGAAUUGCAACCAACAGCUCAGUCCACUGCUCACCCCUCACUUUUGAAACGCAUAGAGAAGCUACAGUAGCCGCCACUGGAAAAACAUGUCAUCGACGGAGACAACUUAGUUAAAAAAGUUUGUCCAUUAAGGGCUUCUGUAGAAACAUCAUGGCACAAAAUGGCGACUUCCAUGUUAGGGGACCCUCAGUGUAUGUAGAUAAAAACGUCUCAUUCUAAGGUAAUAAAAACAUAACGGUUCAUUAUAAAAAGGUCUUUAUACACCCCUGAUGCAAUAGUUUUGUAUAUUAUUUUGCAUUUCUGUCAAGAGAUCCUUUUAAAAAUGACACACUGCACCUUUAAUAUGCAUUAAAAUAAGUGUAGAUAACACAAUGGCUUAAGAGUAACAUGUAGCAAGUGCCAAUGUCUAACUGUUUUUAAUGCAUUAUGUGUUUAAAGUACAACAAAAAUUGUAUAUCAUCAUUUGCUUUAGUUUCUUGAUGAUUUACUGUAAAUAUAUAUUAGCAACCUCUGGAUUGAAAUUGUCAUACCUCCAAGCCAGAGCUUGUAAUAUUUAAUCAUAUUUUUCAUUUUAAAGUAGAACUACCAUUUUUAGGGGGCGGUACCCUUUAAAAUGUUCCUAAUAUGUAGUAUUUAGGUAAAUAUAUAAUACCUACUAAUAUGUAUCUUUAGGGGGCCAAUAUGCCCCACAAAUGUGUUCUUUUGGGUAUCACCCUGUGACAGGUUUUGUACUUUUAUUUCUGAGAGUGUAAAAACUGAAGCUCAACAGGACCACCGACUGCAAUUUUACCAGAAUGUAAAUGUUUACUAUUCAUAACAAUAAUAUAGUUCUUGUGUGUUUACAGCAGAUUUGUAAACCCUUUUUGCUAUGACCAAUGAAGUCCUGCACUUACAGAAUUUUAAGUGAUUAUAAAGAAUUGAAUUUGUAUUACAUUUUAAAUUGAUGUUUUAAUAAGUUUGCUUAUUUGUAUUGCAGUUAAUGUGUUUUAGUUUUGAAGCUUGACAGAUUAUACAAUAGUGUUGAAACUAGCUUUAAAGCAUAUUUAUUAUAGCUAUAAUUUUCUGCAUAGAUGGGUAUAAUAAGAUAAAUUGGGUAUUUUGUCAAAUGAAUAUUUGUCAUAUGUUGUUUAGAGCAUGUUUUAGGGUUAAGGUAUUAAAGUACGCUAUAUUUUGUAAGUAAGAUCUCAGGGUUGGUUUGCAUUAAAUAUUUAGUUGAUGAUUUUCCAAAAUGUGACCGGUUUAUAUGUUAUUCAUUUUAUAUGACAAUGUCAAACAACUGUGUCUCAUGUCUAUGUCUAUAAAGUGCAUAAUGCACACAUGAUGAUAAACACUUCAUGCAGAUGCUUAUAUUGAGCAUUUGAACACUUGAUGUUGUAAAUACUUAGGUGUACAGUUUGUGCAAUAUAGAAGAAAUUAUUAUAAAUGAGGCAUUGCUUUAAUCUGCAGAAUAAAUGAUGAAGGGUCAGUUAUUACA